CUGACCGCUAGUGACCUCAGUUUCUGCAGCAGCACACAACUUCAGACAGCACACACAAAUUGCACACACACAAAAAAAACACCACGCGAGGAGAGAUGGCUGGUUUAUUCGUAAAGAUCUUCGUGGGCAUCUACGUGGAGAUAAAACGGAGCGACGGACGAAUACACCAAGCGAUGGUCACAUCGCUGCAUGAGGACAAUGACAGCGUGACGGUGGAGUGGAUCGAGAAUGGAGACACCAAAGGGAAAGAGAUCGAUCUGGAGAGCGUCUUUGCUAUGAAUCCAGAUAUUGUUCCUGAUGAGGAGAUACCACAGAGUCCAGAGGCUCCGCUUCCUCCUUCCAAUAUUCCCAAAACCAGCAAACUGCCCAAGACCAAACGGAUUACAGCAAUACCUAAAGCUGAGAAUGCUCCACGGGAGAAUAGAGCUGCGGCGGUGGGAACCACCCGGGCCCGUCCCAGCCAGCACAUCCAAGCUCCAGAGCCACCUCCCCCGGCCAUCGCUCCCCAGUCUGCACUCAGCCAGUCGCUGCUGCAGCAACAGAACGCACGGAAGAAAUCAAACUGUGUGAAGGAAGUAGAGAAACUGCAGGAGAAACGAGAGAAGAGGCGACUUCAGCAACAAGAGCUCAGAGAGAAGAGGGCACAGGAGGUGGAUGUCAAUUUACCAAAUUAUGAAAUCAUGUGUAUGAUCAGAGACUUCAGAGACAGUCUUGACUGCAGGCCUUUGACCAGCAAUGAUCUGAUCGAGGAGCACAGGAUAUGUGUGUGUGUACGUGCACGUCCCCUCAAUAAAAAAGAGUUGACUACGAAGGAUUUGGAAGUGAUCACCAUCCCCAGUAAGGACGUGGUGAUGGUCCAUGAGCCGAAGCAGAAAGUCGACCUGACCCGCUACUUGGAGAACCAAACUUUCCGAUUCGACUACGCCUUUGAUGAGUGCUCCACCAAUGAAAUGAUUUACAGGUUCACAGCUCAGCCGCUGGUUGAAACCAUUUUUGAGCGGGGGAUGGCGACGUGCUUCGCGUACGGACAAACUGGAAGUGGGAAAACACAUACGAUGGGAGGGGACUUUUCAGGAAAGAACCAAGACUGCGCUAAAGGGAUCUACGCACUGUCCGCCAGAGAUGUGUUUGUCAUGAUAAAGAAGCCAAAUUACAAGAAGUUGGAUCUCCAAAUCUUUGCCACGUUUUUUGAGAUUUACAGCGGGAAGGUGUUUGACCUGCUUAACCGCAAAACCAAGUUACGGGUCCUGGAGGACGGGAAGCAGCAGGUGCAGGUGGUGGGGCUGCAGGAGAAGGAGGUGAAGUGCACAGAGGACGUCCUCAAACUCAUCGAAAUUGGAAACAGCUGCAGGACUUCUGGUCAGACCUCGGCGAACGCUCACUCUUCUCGGAGCCAUGCCGUCUUUCAGAUCAUUCUGCGUCGGCGGGGGAAGAUGCACGGAAAGUUCUCCCUUAUUGAUCUGGCGGGGAACGAGAGAGGGGCAGACACAUCCAGCGCUGACCGUCAGACACGCCUCGAAGGAGCCGAGAUCAACAAGAGCCUGCUGGCACUAAAGGAGUGUAUUCGAGCGCUGGGCAGAAACAAACCUCACACUCCGUUUAGAGCCAGCAAGUUAACUCAAGUGCUGAGGGACUCCUUCAUAGGAGAAAACUCCAGAACGUGCAUGAUUGCAACCAUCUCUCCUGGAAUGGCGUCAUGUGAAAACACCUUGAACACGCUGAGAUAUGCCAACAGAGUAAAGGAGUUUGGGAUAAGUCCCUCAGACAUUCCCUUCUCCCAGAGCGGGGGUGGAGGGAGUCGCUCUGAGCUCUCCCCUUCUUAUGAGGUGAAGGAGCUCACAGUGGACCCUGCAGGAGCGAUGGACAUCCGUCAGGGAGGACACGUCAACCAGCUGGAGGUGCUGGAGGCUCAGUGGGAAGUCGGGAGUUCCCCACAGAGAGAUGAUCUGAAGCUGCUCUGUGAACAGAACGAGGAAGAGGUUUCCCCGCAGCUCUUCACUUUCCAUGAAGCCGUCUCUCAGCUGGUGGAGAUGGAGGAGCAGGUUCUGGAGGACCACAGGGCCGUUUUCCAGGAGUCCAUCCGCUGGCUGGAAGACGAGAAGGUGCUUCUGGAGAUGACGGAGGAGGUGGACUACGACGUCGAGUCAUUUGCAACUCAACUAGAACAAAUCCUGGAUCAGAAGAUCGACAUUCUCACUGAGCUGAGAGACAAAGUCAAGUCUUUCCGCUCUGCACUCCAGGAAGAGGAGCAAGCUAGCCAACAGAUAACCCCGAAGAGGCCUCGUGCUCUAUAGACACACAAAAAAAUACGAUAUUUCACUGUAAUAUUGACUUGAGAAAAGGUGAAGGCCUGCCGCUGAGGAGGUCACUGUUGACAAAAGAGCUGAUUCAGCUCAGUUGUGAUUUUAUGACUUACCGUCUGCUGUGCGUUUUGUCCCUCCUCAACCUCUUUGCUGUACAGGCCGCCGUUGCUUCCCAUCAUGCAUCCGUCCAUCUUUAAAACCAAAGAGCAGGCCGUCUUUGCUCUUCCAUCCUCCUGUGAAGUGUAUUUACAAGGUUUUGUAUGUGUGAUAAGUCACAAGUGCUUCAUUUUAAAACAAAAAAAAAGUAAAUAAAUAUUUGUUUUAAAUACAUUUUUAUAGAGUCAAAUCAUAGCUUAUCCUCACUUUGGCCAAUUUUAUAAACUUUUACCAUUUUGUGCAAUAUUUUGAGGAUUUUAUUCCUGUUCGUCCCCUUGUUUCAGCUUCAGGGGUGAGCAGGGCAUGUCGAGUCUGUGUGUAAAAUGAGCCACUGUGUGUUUGUGUUGAUACUGUAUGUAAUAUAUGUUUGAUUGAGAGAAAGCUUAAAACACAAAAAUAACCUUGCAUUACAUGAAUUGACCUAAUGGGGGCACUAUAAUCAAAGACAGAGCAAUUGAUUUAAGUGUUCCAUACAACAAUUACUGAAACAGUAAUUUUUCAUUUGCCAAAAUAAAGAAACUCUACUUCUUGA